AAUAAAAAAAAUUGAAAGGCAUGGGUCGUUCUGACUGUCCAAUCGAGCUGAUUCGAAUUAAUAUUAUUAUUAUUAUUAAUUAUUAAUUUCCUCAUUUCUUUCAAAUUUCAAUCAUAAACCCUAGAUUCUCAUUCCCAAAUCUCAAUCCCCAAAUCCUUAAUCUAACCCACAAUUUCUCCUACUUUCGCACUCUAAUCACUCAUUUCCACAACUUCCUCUGGUUUUUUUCUCGGAAAAGUUCCAUUUUUUAUUUUUCAUUUUCUCGGGAAAAUAUGGGAAGUAGAAAGGAAGAAGAGAGAAAUGAGAAGAUUAUUAGAGGUCUUAUGAAGCUCCCUCCUAAUCGUAAAUGCAUCAACUGUAAUAGCCUGGGUCCUCAGUAUGUUUGUACGAAUUUUUGGAGCUUCGUUUGUAUAUCAUGCAGUGGAAUACACCGAGAGUUUACUCAUCGAGUGAAGUCUGUAUCGAUGGCAAAAUUUACUUCUCAGGAAGUUGAAGCACUUCAAAAUGGUGGUAAUCAGCGAGCUAGAGAAGUAUAUUUGAGGGAUUGGGACCUUCAGAGGCACCGAUUUCCAGACAGCAGUAAUGUUGACAAAGUCCGUCAGUUCAUAAAAGAUGUGUAUGUUGAUAGAAAGUAUGCAGUAGGAAAAUCAACCGACAAGCCUCCAAGAGAUACACAGAAUCGUGGAGUUCAUGAAGAUGAUACAAGACGUGCCAGUUCUUAUCAUUCUUAUUCUCAAAGUCCUCCUUAUGAUCAUCAAUAUGAGGAUCGCCGGUAUGGAAAACAAGCAUCCGCGCUUACCAGGAAGCCUGGAUCAGACCGAGGCCGCUAUGAAGGGAAAAUGUCUAGCUUUAUCUACAGUCCUGGUCGCUUAAGUGAGCAAAUGUACGAGGAUAGAUUUGCCAAUGAUGGCUCUAAUUCCCGAGUUUCAGACUAUUCUAUUUCCAGUGGAGGGGAUCCAUUUAGAUCAGGUACACAUUCCCCUAGUUUUAGAUCAGAUACGCAGUCCCCUACUUAUCAGAAGGAUACUGGUUUCAGUAGCCCGCCAUUUCAUUCUUCUAGAGAUGUUGUGAGUGAGGAUGUUAAGCGCCAAGCAGUAGAUUCUUUUCCGCAGAGAAGUAGAUCCACAGGAAGUUUUGGAUCAAUUGAAAACAACUUUGUGCCUCAUAAGUCAUUUAGUACUGGAGGUUUAACAGAUAUUGGCUCACACUCUGAACAAGCUGCGGGAACAGUCCAACACCAAGCAUCCUUUAAUGGAUCAUCGGUUAUGGGAAGUUCUGGUAAUUUGGAUCUUUUCACGUCCCCAUCUGUACCAGAAACAGUAUCUUCGUCAGCACCAAUUGACUUGUUUCAGUUACCAGAAGCACCAGCAGCUCCUUCAUCAGUAGCUCUGUUUCAACCAUUGGUAGUAUCAUCAACUACGUCGACAACUUCUUUGGACUUGUUUGCUGUUACGGAUCAGCUACAGUCUACAACAAUCUUCAAUGAAAAGAUACCAGAGUUUCCUGCCCCUAAAAAUGAAGGAUGGGCAACAUUUGAUACACCUCCGUCGUCCACAACUCCUGUUCCAAGUACCGAGACAAUUAACCCUGGAAUUAUACCCUCUAAUAGUGAAGAGUCUCUAGGGAAGGUUGAUCUUUUUUCAUCCUUCGAUACAAACAUGCAAUGGCCAUCAUUCCAAGAUUCUAGUUUUCACAGCUCUUUGAAUAUAGCUAGUCCAUGGAGUGAUAGUUUGCCGGGUGUGACAGCUACCAAUCCCGAUAGCUCAAACACUCAGUUAUGGAAUGCUUUUGAAGAUACUGUUGGUCUGCAACCUUUGGAGGGCUUUAAACAGGAUGGCGGACCACCAGUGGGCAUAGAUGGGCAUUCUUCAACUGCUAAUCAGCAUUUGGCCUUUACAGCUUCCGAGAACUCCAGUUUUGACGGUAUCCAAAGGACUGCUUCUAACGGUGAACCUCCUGGUCCUAUUUCAUCUCUUGAGAUCGGGCCAUCGUAUACUCCUCCAAUGCUUCCUUUAACGGGAGAAACGCAGUUACAUACAACCGAUCGCAAAUCAAAUAACCCAUUUGAUUUUCCUUAUGAUUCAGAAGAACCAGAAGAAAACAACAUGUUUCUGGACAUGACCUCCUUCCAAGGUGCUCUACCGAAUGCUCAGCUUUCUUCGAGUUUCCUUGGUGGUGUAUCUGAACCGUGGUUUCCUCAAAAUUCAGUGACCCCUUAUAUUCCCGAUGCUGGUCAAGGCGGCGUAACAUAUCUGUCCCCACAAGUUCCAAGCUCCCAAAUACAGAAUGUACCGACUCAAGGGCCUGUUGCAUCGUCGAUUGGAGGAAAUCCAUUCGCGUAGAGUUUAUUGUAGGAAAGAAUAGUUCUUUAAUCAUUUUUAGUUGAUUAGAAGGUUUACGAGUUCUUCCCUUCUUUUUCGGUUUAUAAAUUUGUUGAUUUCUCUGCAUUUCCUUGAGAAUGAAAACAUUAUGGUUUUUUGUCUGUAUUUUUUUUUUUUUUUGUAGAAUAAAUGUUUGCUGUGUAUAACUGUAUCAGACCAUAUAAUUAUUAUUAUUUUUUUUA